AUGCAAAUUGGAUGUCAACAGCAGGCGUUAGAUAUCGACGAACGUGAGCUUGGGAAGACUGGCACACACACAAACGCAAACGACACAACAUCACUACCCCAGAUAAACGUUCUCAAAAAAGCCAUCACCAUUUCGUCGAUUGCGAUUAAACGCAGGCCAACGCUGCCGCAAACGCCAGCGAGUGCCCCACAGGUGUUAUCGCCAAAGCGACAGUGCGCCACCGCCGUCUCGGUCAUACCCGCCGCUGCCCAACUGACACCACAGAUUCAGUACGCCACAACACCAGCCGCCGCAGUCGCCUUCAAGGCAGGCCAUCAGUUGACCUUCAAUCCCGCCGCUGCUGCCGCUGCUGCCCAGUACGCCGCCACUGCCUCAGUUAACUCACAUCCGCACCACCACUCACAGGUCGCUGCCGCAGCUGCUGCCGCCGCCGCAGCCCAGCAGCAACGUAUCGCCGUCGCCGCUCAGCACUUCAAUCCUUCGGCCGCCGCCCUCCUCAAUCAGCACCUACAUUCAGUAGCAGCCGCUUCACAUUCACUGUCACCGGCCGCUGCGGCUGCCGUUGCUGCCGCCGCCCAUCAGCAGCACGUCGUCCUGCAACAACAGCAACAUCAUCACCUACACCACACCCAACACGCGCUGAAUCAACAGCACGCGUUCCAGCAACAACAACAACAGUCACUGCGUCAACAACUGCAUCAGCAGCAACAACAGGCGCAACAGCAACAGCAACAGGCGCAACAGCAACAGCAACAGGCGCAACAGCAUUUGCUCGCUAACAGUUCGACGCCUGCUAGCACAACUAUCACCGGUACGCUAAGCAGGAGCAAUACACCGUUAACAUCGACGUCCACAGUCACACCGAGUACAACAACAACAGCGGUAGGUACACCGACCAGUGCUGCAGCAGCACAAACAGCCGCGGUAGCUAGCGCGGCAGUAAAUACGGUCAACGAAUCCUCGUCGCACUCGAACUCGUCCUCUGCAUCGACCACUCCGUCACCGGCGGCAGCGUCAGCAGCACCGAAUACUCACGACAACAACAGCGCGCUGAAUAAUAGUCCAAAUAGUAACAGUAGCAACAGCAACAACAACAACAACAGCAACACAAUCCUUUCCAGCAGCUCGACUAUGGAAAAUCAAAUGGCACUAGCACCAUUGGGA